GCACGGAGCAGCCGCUCGGGUCCGCGGCGGCCGUCUGCUUCCCCCUGGUGGCCGGAGAGAGGAAAGCGCCUGAGCCGCGCAGGAAGCGCUGAGCUCUCCGAGCAGGGGCAACAAGCAAAGCUUCGGGCGAGGUGGCCAACAGGCUCCUGCGCGCGGCGGCGCCACCGGGUGGGACCAGGUAAUGGAAUCCAGCUCCCCAGCGAAAGGCCGUCAGCUUUCAGAGACUACGAGGAGAGGCCUAUGUCGCUGCUGCCGUCGCAGACACUGCUGCUUCUGCUGGUGUUGCUGCAACUGCUGCACAUGGAACCGGUUGGCAAGGAAGAGACGGCGAGACGGUGUGGGAUGUAAAGUGUCCAGCAUCUCCAACCUGGAAAGCCCUUUAAACCUGGAGGAGAGGCUCACAGCGGAAGAAGCUGCCUCUUGGCAAUGGUCCUUUGACUCCAUGUUGACCAGUCCAGCUGGCCGGCGCAUAUUCAUGGAGUUCCUGCAGACUGAGCACAGUGAAGAGAACAUGUCCUUCUGGCUCGCCUGCGAGGACCUCAAAAGGGAGCAGAGCCCAGAGCAGAUCUCGGAGAAAGCCAAGAAGAUCUACCUGGAUUACAUCUCCAUCCUCUCCCCAAAAGAGGUCAGCAUUGAUGCUGCAGUGCGCGAGACCAUCAACAACUCCCUGCCAUCACCUGGCGCUCACAUGUUCGAUGAGGCGCAAGCGCAAGUUUAUGCUCUCAUGCACCGGGAUUCCUACCCCAGGUUCCUGAAGUCCCCUCUCUACAAAUCACUGGAGCAGAGACUGACUAUGCCAGUUGCUGACACCUAACCCAAACACAGGGACCCUGGGUUCAGUUCUUGAGAUGCCAAGUCUUCAGACUGCCUACUGCUUGGUGACAAGAGGUCUUUGGAGGGUUGAGGUGUACAGAACAAUCUGUGCGAUAUGAGCCUCUUCCUCCAUCUGCUGAGUUGUCCCAUACAGCCAUGUACUAUUCCAUCACUGGCAUUUACGUACAGCAAAUUCAAGGACGUAUUCUAGAUGAAGGGAUGAGAUCACUGCUUUCCAAGGUGUGGAGCCCAACCAGGAUGUUCUAGAGCGCAGGUUUACUAGGAGCACAGGUUUGGUUCUAGAGACCACACUAGAGCUUUAUGGGAUCUAGACAACACCACCUCUUCGUGCUGGAGGAUUCAAUAGGAAUUGUCUCCUACAGGUAUGCAGGAUUCAAGAAUGUGGAACCAGCCUCUGAUGGAGGAGGGAUUUGUGAAACUGGGAUUUUUAGCAUUCCCAUCAUGUGGUGGUUUUGUGAGGGAAGAGGUCUGAGCUCUAGGACGAUGGCAAAUGAAAACAAAAACCUUCUUUGCAGACAUUUCCAAGCCAAAGUAGCCCUGUUCUCUCCUUACCACUAGACGUUCUCAUUGGUCAACACUUUGGCUAGCAGAAAUGGCAUCACCAUUCUCAGUCACAACUGCAUGUCGGAACUAGACAAGUUAAAGAUAAGCAUGGAGGCCCUAGUAAGAGUUACAUGCAAAAGGCCACAGGAUGGGGGUGGACAGGAGACGCCUUUCCCUGCUUCAUAACCUACCCAGCCCCCAACUGCAUUCCCCCCUUUUUUGGAAAGUCAAAUGUUUUGAAUGAUAAAAGUAGGUCAUAUUAUACAGUACAAAAAAGCAACAACAUUGCAUUUUCCACAUUGUGAUAAACAUAACUUAUUUUCAGUUCUGUAAUCAGAUCAGAAAACAGCAUGAGUGCACAAGGGUUAGAGCCCUGGAGGGGGACGCCACAGCUGCCACUGGAGGGCCAAAAGUUUUUUGGGGAAGACCAAAAUGCUCACUGAAUCACCCCUAUCUUCCUGCUGAGACUCUCAAAGAAGCCCAAGAGGUGAUGGGGCAGUGCUUUUCUCUGCAGAAGCCAUGCUGACUCUUCAGCUGCCAGGCUUGUUCUUCUAUAAUGCUUAAUAAUUCUAGCUUUAAUCGUUCUCUUCACCAAGUUAUGCGAGAUGGAAGGUAGGUUUAUAGGUUGGUAGUUUCACGACUCUCACCAGUAAACUGGUGUUACACAGACUGCUUUUCAAUAUUCUGGUAAAUAGGCCAUUUUUAGUAAAAAGGUUUUAUUUUAUUUUAAAAAUCCAAAGGUUAUACUUGAGGUUUUUUAGCUCUUGGAUCUAUGCCAUCCUAGCACAAUGACUUGACCAUAGGAUGGUAAAAUUGGAAAGGAUCCUGAGGAUCAUCUAUUCCAACUCUCUGCAAUGCAGGAAUAUGCAGCUGUCCCAUACAGGGAUCGAACCUGCAACCUUGGCGUUAUCAACACCACGCUCCAACCAGCUGAGCUAUCUGUAGCAAUUAGUUGCAGAGCUUGGGUCUGUCUUAAUGUCCUUAGCCAUUUUUAUUUGACAUAAUUCUUUUGUAAGCUGGAUGGUUACCCUCAAAACCACAGCUUUGCAACCUCCUGGGAGGAAAAAGUAACCUGCAGAGGCCAUGUGGGUCAUAGCAGCAGUAGGUUAAGCACAGACCCCUACACCUCCAAAAUGCGCUAUCCCAAAGCAACUUGGGGGGCUGGGGCAGGAUCUAGUUUAUGUUGCACACCAUUAUUAGCCCAAUCUGGGUUCCGGCUGCAUACUCUCCUUUUCCAUCCCACUCCACCUGUAUUUUGUCUACCUUCACUUUCUCCCAAAUUUUAAACGAAGUCCUUAGCUGUGACGAUCUAACGCACCAAGUCAGGGGUGGAGGUAGAGGCUCCUGCCACUGCCUGCAGAUGGUGCUGCUGGCGCAGCUGCUUAGUAUCUUUUGUGGGUAGACUGCCUCCAGACACGGAGCUUCACUUCAGCGAUCGAAAGGGGAAAGCUACGAAGGAUUGGCAUCGCUGCUCUGUAGGAAAGCGCAGAUACGCAACGGAGCUGUCAAUUAUCUACCUCAGCAUGGCAAAAUAAGGGCCUAGCAUUCAGGGCCUACAGGUUGUAUGUCGGACCUAAGCUGUAAUCUUGACUGCUUUGUAAGGAAUAAAGAGAGCCAUGUGUGGCCCAUGAAUGCAA